ACAUGUGUUUAGCAGAUGUUAUUGCGGCUGUAGCGAAAUGGUUGUGUUUCUAGCACCGAUAGUGCAGUAAUAUCUAACGUCUUUGCACUCCUAAAUGAUAAGCUAGGUAGCUAAAUGUUUAUUUUAAGUGAAAAUGAGAGCAACAUACACAAUAUUGUUCGGAUAUUAUGUUUUGAUAUCGAGUGUUCUUGUGAAUGCGUUCGAACCAAUCUCAACCACAUUUGUGGUCGGUGCGGGAGUAGGCCUAGCAGCAGUGGGGCAGAAAAUGUACAAUUAUUUAUAUGAAAGUUGCGAUUCAAAAUGGGUUGCUUUUAAUUCAACAGGUUUGGAAGUGGCCCUAGAUCGGAAGCUGUUUGGUCAACAUGUUGCCUCCAGAGUCAUCCAGAAAGCUGUAACGGGUUUCAUGAACAAUAAAAACCCUAAAAAGCCCCUGGUGCUCUCUCUACAUGGCUGGACUGGCACAGGGAAGAACUUCGUCAGCCAGUUGAUAGCUGAAAACAUCUACAAGGAGGGCAUGACCAGCAGUUUCGUCCAUCAGUUUGUGUCUACAGCUCACUUCCCUCAUCUGAGUCAGAUUGAGAACUACAAGUCUCAGCUGCAGCAGUGGAUCAAAGGCAAUGUCACCAACUGCCCACGUUCCAUGUUCAUCUUUGACGAGAUGGACAAGAUGCACCCUGGCCUGAUCGACUGUAUAAAGCCCUACCUGGACUACUACGAAAAUCUGGACGGGGUCUCCUACCGCCAAGCCAUCUUCAUCUUCCUCAGCAAUGCUGGAGGAGAGCACAUCACGCAGGUGGCCCUGGACUUCUGGAAAGCAGGUCGAGACCGAGAGGAGAUGAAAUUGCAACACUUAGAACCAGCUCUCUCCCUGUCCGUGUUCAACAACAAGCAGAGUGGGUUGUGGCACACUAGUCUGAUAGACAAGAACCUAGUUGACUUCUUCGUCCCCUUCCUGCCUCUGGAGUACAGACACGUGAUGCUGUGUGGCAUGGCAGAGAUGGCCGCCAAGGGCCUGGAGCCCGACCAGGACGUGGUCGACCAGAUGGCCAGAGACUUGGUCUAUUUCCCCAAGAGCGAAAAGAUCUUCUCCGGCACGGGCUGCAAGACCAUCGGCGGCAAGCUAGAUUACUAUACAUAGUGUGUGUUUGAGAUCGACUACGUUGCUGCCGGCGGCUGCAGACUGACUGAUCUAAUCAUAAUGAGUAGUAAUUUAGGAUGAAAGGUGGUUUGUUGGUCUGCAGUUGCUGACGGCAAUGUAGACGAUCUCAGAGGGAACAGCUACUGUAUCUAUCUACCACCUACUCUACUGUGUGCACUUUCUUAAUGACAACAUCUCCGCCAGUCGGAGUGAGGAAGUCAGUGACUGAACUCAGAAAGGGGAUGAUGACCCGCCCCUCAGGUCUCCCAACGUCAACACAACCAUGUGGAGGACUUCAACGGUCUCUCCUGAUGUCACUUCUCCCUGAAGAUGAACUAAUGGACUACUGAGAGAGAGGAGGGUGAAUUUAAGGAGAGAUAAAAAAUACAUUAAAAAAAACACUGAGGGAAAAGUUAUCAUUUUUAACCAAUCAAGGUGCUUGAUCCUAACUUAUAUGUUCUGUAAAUUAGAAUCUCCAAAAAUUAUUUCAUUUUUUUACGGGGAAUUCUGCUGCACAUGAACUCAGUGGCAAUUGAAUACUAGAUGUAUAUUAGAAACAAAUGUGGUUUAAAGUUACAAUAUGUCCAAAAAAAAAUCAGACAAACGGCAUCCCUGCCACUUGGUUAGCUAUCAAUCUGAGGGAUGCCGGGGCCAGAGAAAUGUAACCACUCUCCAAAUGAUAGAGGGUGCUAUGGAUGCAAGGACUCACACUGUCCAUGAGAUCAACAUGAUAGUUAUAUUCUUCAAGAAUCGAUGUGUAAUAAUCGUUAAUUGAAAUAAGAUUUGAACAGCUGUAACUAUUGCAGAUUGCACCUUUUAAUUGUCAUUAAAAAUUUUGCACUGAAAUAUUGUGCAUUUGUGGUGCACGGGA